AUGAAUCACUUUGCAGUUAUCGGAUUAAUUGGAGUAACUCAAGAACCUCCUUAUUAUAUUGUUUCAGAAUUCAUGCCAAAAGAAAAUCUUUUCAAAUGUCUUCAUUCAAACAUUCCUCCGACACCAACUCAAAGAACAAUCAUUGCAUUGGGAGUUGCCAUUGGAUUAUCAUACAUGCACAGAAAUAACUAUAUUUACAGAGAUAUCAAAUCAUUAAACAUAUUACUUGAUGCUGAUGAAUAUCCAAAAAUCUGUGACUUUGGCAUUUCAAGGUUUGUUCCACAGUCGAGAGAUUUGAUGACUGGAGGAGUUGGAACAGCGCAAUGGGAAGCACCAGAAGUUAUCAAUAAUGAACCAUAUACAGAAAAAGCAGAUGUAUAUUCCUAA